AUUACUUACGAUCCAAAGCAGCCAUUCCCCAUCCACAAUCUUCCAGCAUUAGCGCGCAAGUUCUGUGAGUAAUCUGGUGCCAGGAGAAAGAGGAGGAGGAGCAGAGCUUGCCCCAAACACAGAUGGCGGAUGGAGCAGUGCCAGCAGCGCAGGUGGGUGCAGGAGGAGGAGCAGCAGGGGCGCAGGGAGGAGGAGGAGGAGGGGGAGGGCCAGGGCCAGGCCCGUGGAUGCGCGCAGACCUCCUGCAAGACGCCAGGGAUGGUCUAACCCGUGUAUUAGGGAAUAAUGCAAUUAACGGUCCAGCGGGUCAAGAAAUUCUCCUGGGAACAACCCCACUGGGGAAUAACUGCCUCCACAUAGCCUCCAUCCAUGGCCAUGAAGGAUAUUGCCAUUUUGCGGUGCAGCUUAGUGAUUAUCUCCCUCUCGCUCUCUUCACCGGGACAAACUCGGAUGGGGAGACGCCGCUUGCCACUGCAGUUAGAAGGGGCUCCGUCGAUGCAGCUACGACUGUCUUGCUCCAACAUUACACUACCCUUCGGAAUAACGGCCCUGCUCACCGCAGGGAGCAGGCGAGUCAGGCGAUCUUGAGGCAGGACAAUGAUGGAUGCAACGUGCUGCACCAUGCCAUUCGCCGCGGCCACAGGGAGGUUGCCCUGAGGUUGAUAGCUCUCGAGCCUGCUCUGUCGGCGCAUCAGAACAAUUACAACGAGUCACCCAUGUUCGCCGCCGCCAUGAGAGAUUUCCAGGAUGUUGUGGUCGGACUGUUAGCUACUCCUGGUUCUCUUGACGUGGGGCCAUGCAGCAAGAAUGCUCUGCACGCAGCCGUCAGAAAUGGAAACAAUGUUAUUGCAGGAAUAAUUGUGAGAGCACGCCCUUUACUGGCUACGCAACACGACCCUGCUGGCAACACUCCAGUGUGUCAGGCUGUCCGUGAUAACAUGGUUGCCGUGCUAGUGACAUUUCUGGAACAUGAUCCUUGCUUAGCGUACGCAAGGAGAAGCGAUGGCCGUACUCUCCUUCAGGUUGCUGCUGAUCAAGGCCAUGUUCGUAUUGCUCAAGAGCUCCUUACCCAUUGUCCAGACGCUCCUUGUCGUGGAACAAAUGUUGAUCGUUCAACAUGCCUGCACAUAGCUGUGGAGAAUGGUUCUGUAGACUUCGUUAAACUUAUCCUGAGGACACCACAGCUUGGCAAAGUCGUUAACAUGCAAGACGCAGGCGGAAGAACAGCUCUACACAUCGCUGUCUUCAAGUGCAAUCCUCAGAUAGUUAAGGCUUUGCUGUCUCACUCAGAUAUAGAUACGACAGUGAUUACCAACAACGGUAACCCGGCAGUUUGGGCAUUGAUGGUCAACCAGGAAAGUCUCGAAACAUUAAACGGGACUAAAGUGAUAAGCCUUAUCAAUGAAGCUGAUCGCCAACAUGUCUCCUCUAUCAAUAAUCUUAAAAGGCGGAUGUCGCAGCAUGCGACGGACAUGUCAAGGAACAAUGUGAUGUUACUAACUCAAAGAUACGUGACCAACACCUCAUUAGUGGCAAUCCUCAUUGCGACAAUCACCUUUGCGGCUGCUUUCACUCUUCCCGGAGGAUACAACAGCAAGGGGCUUCCAAACAUGUCUGGGAAGGUGGCAUUUAAGGCAUUCUUGGUCUCUGACAUCUUAGCCACGUGCUCCUCGCUUGGUGUCGCUUUUGCAUGCAUCCUAGCAAGGUUUGAGGAUUACGAGUACUUGAUUUAUUACAAAGCCGUUGCUAAAUACAUCAUGUUGUUUGCAUACGUGAUGACAACUAUAGCCUUCUCGACCGGUUUAUACACGGUGCUGGCUCCGCAUUCUCACUGGCUGGCCAUUCUAAUUUGUGUUGGGGCAGCUUCGUUUCCCAUUUUCGUUUCCCUAACAUUCCUAUGGCCUGUCGUGAAGCUCACAUAUCAGUUGGGUGAAACUGUCGACGCGAGGAUUCUUAACAGUGUGUGACCUCAUCGAUUUCUCUUAUGGUUCCGCCUGCUCUCUUCUGAUAAUAGUUUUCAAUCUGUCUCUAGUGAUCAUUGUUUGGCUUUGCUACUACUCAUGAUGUAUUUCUAAUUCAUCGUCAGGGAAAACUAUUGUACUGUUUUGUAUUCAAUAAAAUCUUUAGGCAGUGCU